AUGAAGGCAGCUCAGGACCGUCAGAAGAGUUACCCGGACAGACGGCGUCGAGAUUUGGAGUUUGAUUUGGGUGAUCAUGUUUUUCUCCGAGUCAUGACGAUGAGGGGUGUUCGACGUUUUAGAGUAUCUAGCAAGUUGAGUCCUCGCUAUGUGGGACCGUUCGAGAUACUGGAGCGGUAUGUGGCAGAUCCCGGGCAUGUUAUUGACUACCAUCCGCUCGUGGUGCAAGAGGAUGUGUCAUAUACUGAGUUGCCUGCUAGCAUUGUGGAUCAAAAAGAAAAAAUGCUCCGUAGCCGCACAAUUCCCUAUGUGAAGGUUCAGUGGCAGCGACAUACCCCUGAGGAGGCUACGUGGGAGCUAGAGGAGGAUAUGAGGCGACUUCACCUUCAGUUAUUUACCUAG